AUGGGAGGAGAAGUAUUAUUACCAGAUAGAGUUGCCAAAAUAGUUCAAGAAGAGUACAACAAGUUAAAGCCAUCUUCUAAACCAGUUUUGAGAUCAAAUGGUGUAAAAGAAUGGACUGUUUUAGCCAGUACGCUCCUAUUGGAUAGUAAUACCGGCAAUCUGAAGAUGAUAUCUUUAUCAACAGGUGUGAAGGCUUUGCCGGACAAAGAAUUGAGUCGAAGUGGAGGCAAAAUGAUUCAUGAUUGUCAUGCUGAAAUCCUUGCCCUGCGUGGGUUUAACACAGUCCUUUUAAAAGAUAUUGAUAAUAUGAACCAAAACUUACGUCAAUCCGAUCUACUUGAGAUCUCGGAUGCGAACGGAAAGUACCAUUUAAGAGCUAAAUGGAAGCUCAUACUUUAUAUAUCACGCCUACCUUGCGGUGACGCAAGUAUGAGAACAUUAUCAAACUCAUCACCGACUUCAUCUUCGCUUAAAUCAAUAGAUGACAGCGAUGAAUUUCAAUAUAUUGAUCCCAAUAUACCGACAAUAUUGCGCGGAAGAUUGAAUUUUAGUAGAAAUGGUGUUGUGAGAACAAAACCAGGAAGAUUAGAUAGUCUAACCACACUAUCCAAAUCAUGUUCAGAUAAACUUUGCUUGCGACAAGUGACGUCAAUUCUAAACUGCAUGACAUGGAGUCUUCUAGAUACACCUGUUUUCAUCGAUUAUCUGUUGAUCCCACAACUGAAUUAUGAUAACAAGAAUGAUUUAUUGUUAUCGUUUCAGAACAGAUUAAAAUGUUCGAAGGUUAAUUAUCGACCAAUGAAAUACUUGACCACAACUGUCAAAUUUAGUGAGGAUAAAAAUUUUAUUACAGAGGAACCAAGCUCAAUGAGUUCUAUCAAACUUUUCCUUACACAAGGAGAAACUAUCGAGGAAGCACUAUUAAAUGGAGUUAAAAAUGGUUCGUAUACCAAGGGAAAUAAACCUUUAAGAAAAAAUUGUGAAUCUAUUGUCAGUAGAUAUGCCCAGUGGCAUAUAUACAAGAGAAUAAACCCAAAUUAUUCUGCGACAUCAUAUCUUGAGUUUAAAAGGAGUCAGACUGCUCGUUUAGAAUUAAUAAAAUAUACCAAUGAGAUCCUUUCAUCUGAAGGAUGGUUGCCGACCCAGCCUGAUGAUUUUGCUGUAUAG